AUGUCUGACAAGCUCACUCGUAUUGCGAUCAUCAACUCUGACAAGUGUAAGCCGAAGAAAUGUCGUCAGGAGUGCAAAAAGUCUUGCCCUGUGGUCCGCACGGGUAAGAUGUGUAUCGAAGUGACCCCCGAGUCCAAGAUCGCCUUCAUCUCCGAGCAGCUGUGCAUUGGUUGUGGUAUCUGUCCGAAGAAGUGCCCAUUCGGUGCCAUCCACAUCAUCAACUUGCCCACCAACUUGGAAUCCCAGGUCACCCACCGUUAUUCCGCCAACAGCUUCAAGCUCCACCGUCUGCCCAUGCCCCGUCCCGGCCAAGUUCUCGGUCUCGUGGGAACCAACGGUAUCGGAAAAAGUACUGCGCUGAAGAUUUUGAGUGGAAAGCUCAAGCCCAACCUCGGCCGCUACGACAACCCCCCUGAUUGGGAGGAGAUUCUGAAGUACUUCCGUGGAUCCGAGUUGCAGAACUAUUUCACCAAGGUUUUGGAGGACAACCUGAAGGCAGUCGUCAAGCCUCAGUAUGUUGACCAGAUUCCUCGUGCUGUGAAGGGCCCCGUCCAGGGUGUUCAGGACCUCAUCAAGGGGCGUGCCUCUCUUGGCAACAUGGAGGAGAUCAUGGAUGUUCUGGAGCUGCGCCAGGUUGCAGACCGUGACAUUGGCCACCUUUCCGGUGGUGAGCUUCAGCGUUUCGCCAUCGGUCUGGUGUGUGUGCAAAAGGCCGACGUGUACAUGUUCGAUGAGCCUUCUUCCUACCUGGAUGUCAAGCAGCGUCUGGCUGCUGCCCGUACCAUCCGCAGCCUUCUUCGUCCUGAUGACUACGUUAUCGUCGUCGAGCACGAUCUGUCAGUUCUUGACUACCUUUCCGAUUUCAUUUGCGUCCUCUACGGCCGUCCUGCUGUCUACGGUGUGGUUACCCUGCCUUCCUCUGUCCGUGAGGGUAUCAACAUCUUCCUUGACGGUCACAUUCCUACUGAGAACUUGCGUUUCCGUGAUGAGUCCCUCACGUUCCGUCUGUCCGAAGCCGGUGACGAUUUCAUUGCCGACAAGGCCCGCGCUUUUAGCUACCCUACUAUGGAAAAGACUCUGGGCAACUUCCACCUAAAGGUUGAAACUGGACGUUUCACUGACUCUGAGAUUCUCGUCAUGAUGGGUGAGAACGGAACCGGAAAGACCACCUUUUGUAAGAUGCUGGCUGGUGCUGAGAAGCCUGACCACGGCUCCACUAUUCCCAAGAUGAACAUCUCCAUGAAGCCCCAGAAGAUUACCCCCAAGUUCCAGGGCACUGUCCGUCAGCUCUUCUUCAAGCGUAUCAAGGCCGCCUUCCUGUCUCCUCAGUUCCAGACCGAUGUCUACAAGCCCCUCAAGAUUGACGACUUCAUCGACCAGGAGGUCCAGAACCUCUCCGGUGGUGAGUUGCAACGUGUUGCCAUUGUCCUCGCUCUGGGUGUCCCCGCCGAUAUCUACCUGAUUGACGAGCCUUCCGCCUACCUCGACUCUGAACAGCGUAUUAUCGCUGCCCGUGUCAUCAAGCGUUUCAUCAUGCACACCAAGAAGACCGCUUUCAUCGUCGAGCACGAUUUCAUCAUGGCCACCUAUCUUGCUGACCGUGUCAUUGUCUUCGACGGAAAGCCGUCCGUGGACGCUCGUGCCAAUACCCCCGAGUCUCUGGUUACUGGCUGCAACCGCUUCCUGAAGAGCCUGGACGUUACUUUCCGUCGUGACCCUAACAGCUACCGUCCUCGUAUCAACAAGCACCAGAGUCAGAUGGAUCAAGAGCAGAAGUUGGCGGGCAACUUCUACUUCUUGGAGGAAGAGAAUUGA